AUGAAGAAAAGUAUGCACAGCAAAUCAGAUUAUAGACUGGCACUUUUAGAAUACUUAAAUACACCUAUAAGUGAGAAUUUACCCUCUCCGGCGGAAAUACUACAGUCCAGAAAGUUACGAAGUAUUCUUCCAGUAGUGAGGUGCUUACACCCGUCGUCAGGUCUUAUUAAACGUGAGUUGAUAAGAAGGCAACGGAUUUAUAAGCAAUAUUAUGAUAGAAAUGCAAAGAAAUUAGCUACUCUUUCUGUAGGUCAGCCUGUUAAAAUUAAAGACCAAAACAAUAAUAAGUGGAUAUCAGGAACAAUAACAAAACAGUUGAGAGAACGUAGCUACGAAAUAAAGUUAUCGUCUGGUAAUAUUAUAGUUAGGAAUAGACGUCACAUGAUUGCCGAUUCCUUACAGAAACAUCGCAAGACAAAUGUUAAUUCUUAUGACUCAUACGCAGACUACGAUGACGUCUGUCCUACUGAGACGCACACAACGUUGAACUCGGCUCCCGGCGUCGACACUUCUGUACCUUGUAAUAAUGGCAUUAAUGCAGAUUGUGAUAGAUAUUAUGUUACUCGUUUUGGCAGGACAGUCAGACCUCCGGAUAGAUGGGGAUACUAA